UCUUCUCCUGGGAACGCAUUAUAAAAGCUGAUGGUAUCGUGAAUCCGGUCGACUCUACUGCAUACAAUGUAAAUUCUCAAGUGUAAGGAUCCUAUGCGUCUAAUCGUCAUCGUAUCCAACUCAAGUACUGUACCUCUGGAAGUCCCUACGUCAGCCCUAGAUGCCUGCUCCGCUAGUGUAGUCCCUGCAGCAUCGCACGUUAGACUGCCACGGUUCAUGCACGGACACCCGGACUUUAAAACAGACGAUUGUCAUAGCUCCUAAUUUUAGGAAACCCGCGGGCAGCGGAUGGUCUCAUAUCACCGACGGGGCUUUUUUCAAACAGUUAUUUGAGACCCUAUAAUUUUCGAGGACUUUUGAAUACACACCUCUUCUGUUUGAAUCAUCAUUCGAAAGGUACCGAGUGCUUCAGGAUGGAAUAUAACGGUGGUAGUUUGGCGGCAGAUCACCUCUGCGUGCUUGUUCACGGUCUUUGGGGUAACCCAAAUCAUAUGAAGUCCGUUGCGAAAGCGUUAAGAGAUACUUAUUCGGAAGACGAGCUCUACCUCUUGGUCGCCAAGCGAAAUAGCGACAGUUUUACUUACGAUGGCAUCGAGCGAGGCGGCGAGCGAGUAUGCCUCGAGAUCGAAGAGGAACUCGAAAAUAUCCGAAACAAGGGCGGGAAGAUAACAAAGCUCAGCAUUGUUGGAUAUUCUUUAGGGGGUUUGGUGGCCCGCUAUGCAAUUGGGCUGCUAGAGAUGAGAGGCAUCUUCCGUGAAGUUGAACCAGUGAACUUUACAACAUUUGCUUCGCCGCACCUCGGCGUCCGGACACCCCUGCGAGGAUGGCAUAACCAUAUAUGGAAUGUCCUGGGCGCGCGCACCUUGUCCAUGUCCGGAAGGCAAUUAUUUACGAUCGACGACUACCGCGGCACAGGCCGACCGUUGCUAGCAGUACUUGCCGAUCCUGAAUCGGUUUUCAUAUCCGGCUUGAGGAGGUUCAAACGUCGAACGCUAUACGCGAAUGUGGUCAAUGAUAGAAGCGCCGUCUAUUAUACGACAGGCAUUUCUAAGACUGAUCCCUUCAUGAAUACCAGCCGGAUCAAGGCCAACUACCUCAAGGGGUACGAAGAUGUCAUCCUAGACCCGCUAAAUCCGGUCUCGCCCCUAGUCUCAAAAGGCGGCAAAGGCAUAGCCGGUCUCACAGCUGGAAGCCUAGGUUUUCUGCGGAGAGUCCCUUUGAUGCUUGCGCUAGUCAUCUUCAUCCCGAUCGGCGUUGCCGCCUUUUUGCUCAACUCCGUCGUGCAAACGUUCCGCAGUUCGCGACGCAUCCGACUACACGAGUCAGGUCUUACAGAUAUCCCUGUAGAGAAUUACCGUUCGCCAAUCUGGAUCAAAGACAUACGGGGCACCGUCGAAGACGUUUACGAGAAUCUCAAUAGCUUGCAAGAGGAAUCGUAUCUCCAUGCGUCAGACGACGAGAGUGACGAUGGCGAUCUGAACAAGGCUGAUGCCGAGAUUUUAGCCCUAGAGCGGAAGAAAUCGCACCCUCAAUUCCCAACUCUGGCUUUGACUCCGGCUCAAUUCGCCAUGAUUGAUGAACUAGACAAAGUCGGAUGGCGCAGAUAUCCCGUAUGGAUCCAUAAGGUUAGACAUAGCCACGCCGCUAUCAUCGUGCGUUCCGAUACACCCAGAUUUUCGGAAGGCCUCAUUGUAUUUCGACAUUGGAUGAAGGAGGAAUUCCUCAUCUAAGAUGAGUAAGUACAUAUAUACCAUUUGAAUGGGCCAUAGCAAGGAGUUAAACGGGAAGGGGAGUUAUAAUGGUAGGAAGUGCAUGGGGGGAGGUUUUCUUUUUUCUUCAUUGAUACCCUUGACUUGGGCAACAUAGAUAUCCAUUGCUAGAUUUAUAGACAUCUCUCGACUUAACGUUGCAAACACUUAUAUGUGGGUAUUUUCUUGGGUCCGUCCUCCGUACUUUAAAUAUAUGUGUCU